CCUAUAACGGAGAUGAACACAGCAUAUUUCACAGCUACUGUAUGUGGUGUAGUUAGACUUUUGCACUCUCCAACUCAAAAGCAACCAACGUAUAGGCCUACUUCAGGUGGGGCACAUACAAUGCUGUAGUGCGUCCUGGUCGACAGCAAAGAUCAGAGAUGGAGUCGAGGAUGCUGCUGUCCAUCGGCUUCCUUGCUGUGCUAUCUGUGUCGGCGUAUGGCGUCUCCGGAGGGAAAGUUCUGGUGUUUCCGAUUGAUGGCAGCCACUGGGUCAACAUGAACAUCGUGAUCGAGGCCCUCCAUGCCAAGGGGCACACCGUGGACGUGAUCAGAUCCUCGGGGAGUUGGUACAUCAAGGAGUCCUCGCCCCACUACACUGCGAUCACUGUCGAGCACGGCUGGGGGUUUGACGAGGAGUUCAUAAAGGCGCUCACCACAGAGCUUGUGAGGAUCCAGGCGGAGAAGGAGUCCAUGUGGACGCGGUGGCAGGUGGAGAUGGAGCUCAUGGAGAAGGGUUUAGAGAUGGCGGACAUGGAGAUUGACAUGCUUAGUUCCAUGCUGGAUGACCAGCAAUUUAUGCAGUCGCUCAAGGAGGCUAAGUAUGACUUGGUUCUAGCAGACCCGGUGUCACCUACUGGACCAAUCCUGGCCCAUUAUCUAAACUUACCUUUGGUUUUCAAUGUGAGAUGGACUGCCCAUGGCGAGGGACACUUUGCCAUUGCUCCAACGCCUCUUUCUUAUGUCCCUAUGCCUAUGUUUGAACUAACAGACAGAAUGAGCUUUUUGGAAAGAGUGUGCAACAUUUUCUUUUUUGCCUUUUAUGAAUAUCAAGCCCAGUUCCUCAUCGGACCAAAAUAUAACGCCUUGACAAACAAAUAUUUUGGCCCUGAUGUUCACUAUUUCCAGUUGAUCCAGGGAGCUGACAUUUGGUUGAUGCGAGUCGACUUUACGUUUGAAUUUCCACGCCCCACCAUGCCUAACAUUGUGUACAUGGGUGGCUUCCAGUGCAAGCCAGUGAAACCUCUUCCUCAACACGUAGAGGACUUUGUGCAGAGUUCCGGAGAACAUGGAGUGGUCAUCAUGUCAUUGGGGACAUUGGUUAGCGAACUUCCAAAACGGAUAGUAGAAGAAAUGGCAGCAGCUUUUGCCCAACUCCCGCAGAAGGUCAUAAUCAGAUACACAGGGGUGAAACCAUCAACGUUGGGCAACAACACCCUUUUGCUUGAGUGGUUGCCUCAAAACGACCUGCUUGGUCACCCAAAAACUAGACUGUUUGUCGCCCACGGAGGCACCAAUGGGGUUCAGGAAGCCAUCUAUCACGGUGUUCCGAUCAUUGGUGUUCCACUGAUGUUUGAUCAAUUUGACAAUUUGUCACGGAUGAGGGCCAAAGGAACAGCUAAGGUGUUGGACAUCUUCUCGCUCGACAGGGACAGCUUUCUCCAGGCGCUGAAGGAGGUGCUCCAUGAGCCCUCCUACAGGGAGAACAUGCAGAGACUCUCCAGCCUCCACCGAGACCAGCCGAUGAAACCCCUGGACCGAGCCCUCUUCUGGAUCGAGUUUGUCAUGAGACACAAAGGUGCUGCUCACCUGCGUACAGAGUCCUACAAGAUGCCCUGGUACUCCUACCACUCUGUAGACGUGUUUAUGUUUUUGCUUGCCGCCGCCACCCUGUUUGUGACUAUUUCUGUUUAUGGUAUUAAGUUUCUUUGCUGCAGGGUUUGUGGUAAACGCAAGUCAAAGCAAGAAUAGCAAUAGCAAUUAAUUUGUAUAGCACAUUAUCAAACACAACUGUCAUUCAAUGUGCUUGAGAGGAAACCAAAUUAAAAUAAAUUAAUUUCUUUUUACGACA